CCCCUCAAUACCUUUUUGGCUUUUUGCCUUCUCUCUUCCUACUUUCUUUUCAUCAAUUCAAUACCUGUGUGUCUGUGUGUGUGUGUGUGAGUCAGUUUGUGUGUUUAUGUGCGUGCAUCAAUGAUACCAACUUAUCGCUGUUCAUCAUCAUCAUCAGUCGUGUCCUCUUCCAUGUCUUCAGAUCUUAAUUAUGGACAUCAAAACCAUAUUCAACCCUCUUCUACACCUUCUUCUCCACUUUAUCAUCCAGCAGAUCGUCAUCAAUCAUCACUGAAUCACCUACAAGCAGAUGCCGAGAAGACUGCCAUGCCUUGUGGCAGAUCGAGGAAGAAAGAAGAUAAGAAUGAUCAAAUUAACGAAGGAUCAGCCAAGAUGAGAAGAACGAGGAAGACGAUGGUUUCGGAUCAAACUAUGCACAAAUUUCAAGAAGAUCAUCAGAAGCAACCGUUAUCUUCAUCUUCAUCAGCUAAUUAUAAUAUCAGUUUUAUUAGGGUUUGUGCUGAUUGCCACACCACUAAGACCCCUCUCUGGAGGAGUGGACCAACGGGCCCUAAGUCACUUUGCAACGCGUGUGGAAUUCGACAAAGGAAGGCGAGGCGGUCCAUGGCGGCAGCAGCUGGAGCUGCUCCGGCGAGAGAAAACAAAGUACACAAGAAACAGGAGAUAAAGAAGCCAUUAUUGAAGAAGAAGAAGAAGAAACGAAUGACUGAUGGAGGUGGGAAGAAGGUUGUUUUAGAGGAUUUAGCCAUAAGCUUGAGCAAGAACUUGUCUCGACAGCAAGUUUUAUUAUUCCCACAGGACGAGAGAGAAGCUGCUAUUCUGCUCAUGGUUUUAUCCUAUGGUCUCGUUCGUGGAUAAGGUUUAAUUAAUUCUCCAUCGCUAAUUCACUUUACCCAUAUCAUAUACAUAUUGCCCUUUUGUCUUGUUUGAAUUAUUACAACGUUUGUAAUUUGGUUACGCAUGUUGUUGUGUGACGUGUGUGAGGUCUUAUUGUUGGGAGCUUCGAGAAGAGGAUGAGGUGAAUAUCAGACAUACAGGAAGUGAUAAUGAUAGCGAAGAGGGGAGAGAAAAGAGAGGACAAUAAAGUUGUGGUGGUGGGUGAUAUGAGCGUACGAUAUUACUAUAUUUAGACAUUAUAUCUCGGUCUCUUUGCUCAUGUGGUUUAAUUUUUUUUAUUAUCUUUUUAGUAAAUUCAAUGAACUCUGAUCCAACACAACCCAAUUACUCAUUUCAACCCAAAUGAUGACUACUUCUUAUUUACA